AUCAGUUUGAUAGGAAACAUUUUUCAGCUUCCUUGCAUAUAACUUCAGUCGAGGUUGGAUAUAAAGUUGGCUAGCUAGUUGGUUGGCUGGUUUAUAUUGCUAUACAGAGUCUUUGGAUAGGAGCUAGAAUAAGAUCAUAAGUCAGAUGCCUCGUAAAGCAGUUGUGUCAGAUUCAGAUACUGAGAGUGAAGAUGUGCCACUUGCAGGUGGAUUCAUAAAAGAUGAUCCAGACCUAAAAUCAUCAAAAUCAAAGAGAAAAUCUACCCAAAAGAAGAACUCAGCAGCUAGUAGCAGCAAUGGUACAACACCACCAAAUGAUGAGUUUUCCCCAAAGAAGAGAGUUUCUAGGACCAGCUCAAAGUCUGCAAAGAGAAAGCUCAAGGAGUUGGAUGACGACUAUGAUGAGUAUAAUGAUGAAGACGAUAAAAACUUUGUUGGCCAAGAAGAUGAAGACGAUGAAGAAGAUGAUAUUAUAACUGUUUCAUCAAGAAAAUCUAGAAAAGGUGACGGUUCUUUCAAUGAGCCAUUUGAAUUAGAAGAAUCAGACUUGGAUUUAAAAGAUGAAAAUGUUGCUGAUCAGGAUUCUGAUGUACCUCUCAAGGAAGUGAAGAAAAAACCAAAGGCAAAAACUCCAAGGAAACCAAAGGCUAAAAAACCAAAGAUUCCAUAUCAUACCAGAAUGACUGGUAAGUUAUAUGAGAUGCAUCCAGAUUUGAAAGAUGUUUUCCCCAAUUUGGAAAUUGCAGAACGUAUCAAACCAGAGAGAGCUGUACAACCAGAUGGUAUGAGCAUUACUUUGUUACCUUUCCAACUUGAAGGUUUGAAUUGGUUGGUUAAACAGGAAGAAGGUAUUUAUAAUGGUGGAAUUUUGGCUGAUGAAAUGGGUAUGGGUAAAACUAUUCAAACUAUCGCUUUAUUCUUACACGAUAAAACUAAAAGACCAAGUUUGGUUGUUGCUCCUACUGUCGCCUUGAUGCAAUGGAAAAAUGAGAUCCAACAACACGCUGGUGAUUCUUUGAGUGUUGGUGUUUUCCAUGGUGCUAAUAGAUCUGGUGACAAAGAAGACUUGGAAAAGUUUGAUGUUUUGUUAACAACAUAUGCUGUUUUAGAAAGUGUUUACAGAAAGCAACAGUAUGGGUUCAAAAGAAAAAAUGGUACAGUUAAGGAAAAAUCACCUCUUCAUGCUAUUCAGUUCUACAGAGUUAUCUUGGAUGAAGCUCAUAACAUUAAGGAUCGUCAAAGUAAUACUGCUAAGGCUGCUAAUAAUUUAAUGACACAUAAAAGAUGGUGUUUAUCAGGUACCCCAUUACAAAAUCGUAUUGGUGAAAUGUACUCAUUAAUAAGGUUUUUGGAUAUUGAACCCUUUGGGAAUUAUUUCUGUACCAAAUGUCCUUGUCGUUCCAAAGAGUGGAAGUUUGCUGACUGGAGACAUUGUGAUAUAUGUGGUCACGUUCCUAUGCAACAUACCAAUUUCUUCAACCAUUUCAUGUUGAAAAAUAUUCAAAAGUUUGGUAUUGAAGGUGAGGGUAAAGUAUCCUUCAGUAAUAUUCAAUCUUUAUUGAAGAAUAUUAUGUUGAGAAGAACCAAGGUUGAAAGAGCUGAUGAUUUGGGUCUUCCUCCUCGUGUGGAAGAAAUUAGAAGAGAUUUCUUCAAUGAAGAAGAGAAAGAUUUAUAUCAAAGUUUGUACUCUGAUUCUAAAAGAAAAUUUAAUGAAUACGUUGCCGAAGGUGUUGUUUUGAAUAAUUAUGCUAAUAUUUUCACAUUGAUUACAAGAAUGAGACAAUUAGCUGAUCACCCUGAUUUGGUUUUGAAAAGGGUUAAGAAUAAUGCUGAUUUAGCUGUUGAUAAAUUGAAUGGUGUUAUUGUUUGUCAGUUGUGUGAUGAUGAAGCAGAGGAUCCAAUUGAAUCUAAGUGUCAUCAUAAAUUUUGUCGUAUGUGUAUCAAAGAGUAUAUGGAAAGUUUUGGUGGUGAAGAGAAGAAGCUGGAAUGUCCAGUUUGUCAUAUUGCUUUGAGUAUUGAUUUAUCAGCUCCUGCUAUUGAAGUCAACAAUGAAGAUUUCAAGAAAGGUUCCAUUGUUAAUAGAAUUAAUAUGGGUGGUGAAUGGAGAUCAUCAACCAAAAUUGAAGCAUUAGUUGAGGAGCUUUAUAAGCUGAGAAGUGACAGACAAACAAUCAAAUCAAUUGUCUUUUCACAAUUCACCAGUAUGUUGGAUCUAGUUGAAUGGAGAUUGAAGAGAGCUGGUUUUCAAACUGUGAAAUUGCAAGGUUCCAUGUCUCCUAUUCAAAGAGAUAAUACAAUUCGUCACUUCAUGGAAAACACGAACGUCGAGGUGUUCCUAGUCAGUUUGAAAGCGGGUGGUGUUGCAUUAAACUUGUGUGAAGCUUCACAAGUGUUUUUAAUGGACCCAUGGUGGAAUCCUUCUGUUGAAUGGCAAAGUGGUGAUAGAGUGCAUAGAAUUGGUCAAUACAGACCUGUGAAGAUCACUAGAUUCUGUAUCGAGGAUAGUAUUGAAUCAAGAAUUAUUGAAUUGCAGGAUAAAAAGGCUAAUAUGAUCCAUGCAACAAUCAAUCAUGAUGAUGCUGCAAUCAAUAGAUUGACUCCUGAUGAUUUGCAAUUCUUGUUUAUGAAUUGA